AACUCCCGUCGUUCAGCGGGCUAAAUCCCACAGCAGUGACUGAAGCCGGAGCAUCAUCCACACUCUGUCUGAACCGGCGGAUGGAGCGGAGGGACUGCAAAGUUGAAUACGGUAAAAGCCAGGCGCAAAGUCGGCCACAGGAAGUGCGCUCUGAGCAGAGAACUUCAGCAGGACGGACGUUUCAGUUCUUUCUAGGUCCAACAGAUGUGUCUAAUUUGGAGGACUGAAGUCUGGACUGUGUGUGUAAUGUGGGAGUUGGAUGGACCAGAGUGCUGAACAAACCCCAGCGGCAAAGUGAAUGUAGAUGAUGUGCACGUAAGGUUGCUCCUGCUUGCAUCCUGUCUUUAAGAUGAGCCAAGGACCAAACCUUGUCCUGGAGUGGCUGUCAAAGCUCCAUCUGGCCCAGUACGUGGAGUCUUUCAUCGACAAUGGGUAUGAUGAUUUGGAGGUGUGCAAACAGAUUGGGCAGCCGGACCUCGAUGCCAUAGGUGUCCACAUUGAGUACCACAGACACAGGCUGCUCACAGCCGUGCAGACGCUAAAAGACGAGGACAAAAGGAAAGCACCGGGCUACUAUUUCACUUUAGAGCCUCUUGGUCCUUCUUCUGCUUGUAACCACUCUUCAAACUCAAGAAGACAAGGUGACUUGAGGACUUUGGGCUCACACUCACGCACCAGAGGAACACACCAGGCCUCCUGUCCAGGAAACCAUAACCCGAGACUCACAGAUUGCAGUGACUUUGUGACCUACCCCAAACUGAAGCUCAAGGUCCUGAUCAGGGAUAAACUUGCGAAGGAUGGAAUCAACCUGGGAGAAGCCCCUUACACCUUUAAGGAUGGCUCGGUGGGCAACCUUGAUGACCUGGCUCAGGAGUAUUCUCGGUAUUACGGCACCUCCCUCAGCGACGUGUGUGAAAGGAUGGAGGAGCUACGGAAACGCAAAGUAGUGCAAGAUGCAGAGAUGGGAAAGGUUGACUCAGCGGCCACAUCACUGCAGCUCCGCUCUCAGAUCCAGGAAUCCCUUGGACUCAGCAGCACCACGUCCACUCCAGAGACUGAGAGAAGGUUUCCCGUGCACAAAUCUAACUCUGAUGAUGGAUCAGGAGGAAAAUUUGAUGGAAAGCGAAAGAGCAAGUCGUUUUGGCAGAGUUUCCGAAAGUCACAGAAAGGAGCUGUGCGUCAGAUUUCAAAAGGCGAUGAUGUUGGUUUUGUGGCCAGUGAAAUCACCAUGAGCGACGAAGAGCGUAUCCAGCUGAUGAUGAUGGUGAAGGAGAACAUGAUCUCGAUAGAGGAAGCCCUGGCACGGCUGAAGGAGUUUGAGAUACAAAACAGACAGAUGUGCAGGUCCGAUCCUGCUGAGUGGACCGAGCCCUCCAGUCCCACCCCGAAUGAGUUGAUCAACUGCAACCCGUGUGACCUGUCAGACGCUGAACAAGAGGAAUCUGUGACCUUCAGGAGACUUCAUAAACUGGUCAACUCAACCCGGAAGGUGAAGAAGAAGCUGAUCAAGAUCGAGGAGUCUAAGAGGCCCGAGACAGAGGAGAGCCUAAACAUGGAUGUUCUUCCCUGUGGAGAUGCCAGCACGUCUCUGUACUCAGGUGUGCAGAAGAAGCCUCUUUGCCCCGUGGACUCCCUGGCUUCAGCCCUGCAGGAGCAGCUCACCUGCGACAGGGACUCUGACAGCCUGACCACCUCCCCCUCCUCCAGCAGCCUGGACACCUGCAGCAGCCAGAAGAUGUUCCAGGUCUUCAGCAAGUCUAACGGCAGCCCCAUUCAUCAGGAGACGACUGUAGCAGGGGAGGUGAGGGAGGCUGGCGAAGGCAGCGGCUCUUCCUUUUCUGAAACGGAGGCGUGCAACGACGAGGAACUCAAAAUCGCUCGCUCGGUGACCGACGGAGAGCUCCGUCACCGGAUCCUCAACCCGCUCAGCCAUCACGGGAGAGCUUGUAGCUUCGGAGGAUUCGAUCUGACCAACCGCUCGGCGCACGCAGUCAUUUCUGACAACGACAACACUAAUAAAGACGGUGAUGGUCUGAGCGAUCCCAUUAAGUUUCCACCAGCAUCUCGUAUUUCCCUGGGCAAAAAAGUCAAGUCUGUGAGAGAAACUAUGAGAAAGCAUAUAUCCAAGAGGUACCACUAUUCUCUCUCUGAACAGUCAAGCCCAGACCGCAUAUCCAGCUGUCCUCACUCGCCUCAGACAGACUCUGACUCUUUGGAGAAACCCAAACUGAAGCCGGGAGGGUCUGUGGAAAGCCUGAGGAGUUCCCUCAGCGGACAAAGUUCCAUGAGCGGUCAGACGGUGGGCACCACAGACUCGUCCAACAGCAACAGAGAAAGCGUGAAGUCUGAGGACGGGGAAGAGGAUGAGCUGCCGUACCGCGGACCCUUCUGUGGACGUGCUCUGGUUCACACCGACUUCACUCCCAGUCCCUACGACACUGACUCCCUCAAACUGAAGAGUGGAGAUGUCAUCGAUAUCAUUAGCAAGCCUCCGAUGGGUACGUGGAUGGGGAUGCUCAACGGUAAAGUCGGCACCUUCAAGUUCAUUUAUGUGGAUGUCUUGAAUGAAGAGGAGGUGAAGCCCAAGAAGACGCGCAGGCGGAGGAAGGCCCGGCAACCCAAACCCACCUCUGUGGAGGAGCUCCUUGAUCGCAUCAACCUCAAAGAGCAUCUUCCCACCUUCCUUUUUAAUGGCUAUGAGGACCUGGAGACUUUCAAGUUGCUAGAGGAGGAGGAUCUGGAUGAGCUGAACAUCAGGGACGCCCAGCACAGAGCUGUGCUGCUCACUGCUGUGGAGCUGCUGCAGGAGUAUGACGGUGGGUCAGGAAGCAGCGACCCGGAGCGAGGCAGUCAGUCUGGAGGCUCGCAGGAGAAGCUGCUCCUGGACAGGCGUGGCCUCACGGGAGACUCCCCGCGGGACUCUGGCUGCUACGAGAGUAACGAGAACCUGGAGAACGGAAGGGACAAAAAGACAUCCUCAUCCAUGAGCAGGUCCUCUUCUGGUUUUGAGUCGAGCCACCUCACGUCCCCAGAGAGCCCUGCCCUCCCAAAGACCCUGACCUGCACCAGCUCUAGUAAGACUUCAAGUGAACCGGCAGUCCUGCCCUGUGUCUUCCCAUCACUGACACCCCCAAAGAGCAGCUUAACUCCCAUAAGAACUGCAAGAGGUCAUGUUCCCUGUGGAGCCACUGCAAGGAGCCAGAGCUGCAUGGAGCUAAGAAGAAGCCGAGCACCAGAGCCGCUGAGGCGGAGCUUCUCCCUGACUGGCCUCCACACAGAGCAGAAGAGACAGCUCGCUGACCGUAAAAACCGGACCGCUUGUGUCAAGACCGAGGAGAGCUCACAGCCCUCCUCCGUGAGUCCUCAGAAACGUGGUGAGGUCAAGUCUCCGACCCACCAGCCUUCAUCCACGUCCUAUAAUGCUAUGUGCAGCACUUUCAACACAGACACAGUAAAUGCGUUUGCCCCUAAACAAGCAGCAACAACACAAAGCACACACCUCAAGCAGCCACCCACACACCCAGCAGAAAGAUCCAGUCAACCUUUAAUUACGCCUUCCUUACCGAACCCACGCCGAGAGCCCUCGCUAACAGAGACUGCCUCUGUGUGCAACUACACAAGCCACACGUUGUCACAGGAUACAAGCACUCGCUCACUUUCAGCCAAUUUUGAAGCCCGUCGGCUGAAACUGAAAAGAAACAAAAAGGCAUCCGUAAACUCUGUAAAUCUUGGCUCCCUGAUUGAAGAAAGGCUUUAGCUGCAGGGAGCCAUUUUCUGACAAGCUGUCAGCCUCAAAAUAACUGCUGCUGUGCGAUGAUCACCAUCUUUAAACAGUAUUUCUUUCUGAAUAUUCUUUUUGUGGCACGUUUUUUCACAGUAGCCAUAAAGUAUAAUAACAUGGGUUUAAAUGCAGUAUUGUCACUUUUCUUUAGCAGGUUCAGGUGGAAUAAACACAAAGUUCAGUCUAGUAAUCCUGCCUAAGGAAACAAACCUAAAGUUUAGACAGUGCCAAGCUCUUUAAAACUCACUGAGGCUGGUUCACUGUCACACUGGGACUAGUCAACAGAACAGAGCCAUUGUUAAUGUUAUUAGUAACAU